UUAGCGUCCGGCCUCAUUGGGCCUCUUCUGAUCUGCUCCAAACAGACUUUGGAUCGAGGAGGAAAUCAGAUAGUUACAGAUAAGGAAAAUAUCCUCUUCUUCUGUAUCUUCAAUGAAACUCUCAGCUGGUACCAUGAAGAAAAUAGUCAAAAGUCUGCUGAAACCGUAACAGAAGGCCAAAGCGCCAUAGGGGAUUCUCCAGGAUUGAACCUGAUUUACACUAUAAAUGGGAUCUUGGAUUCUCUGCAAUCCAGUAUUUGCCAGAAUGAGGUCAGCGUGUGGCAUGUGUUAAAUCUGGGUCUGGGCACAAAACUGAUCUCCAUUUACUUUGGAGGCAACACGUUCAUGGUGGACUCAAGCUACCAAGAAACACUGACUCUGAUCCCGAUGAAUGGAAAGACGGUCGUCAUGGUCAUGGAAAAAACAGGU